UCAACAUGGCGUCCACAACAACAACAAAGUUGCCCUCUUGGUUACUACUUUCAAAGGAAGAUAUCGUAAAAUCCAGCGAGUGGAAUAAUUUGACUUCAGAGCUGUUCGAUGCAGUACAACAACAACUUACUGAGAGUCAUGUUUCUUACUUCUCCGAUCUCACAGAUUCAGAGAAAAUCAUGUUUCUUGAUCGUGCGGCAAAACUCGUCCGUGACGGCUCUUCGUAUCAAAGGCUGGUAGGGGUAGUGUCAGAAGUUCUUGAUCGAAAUCUCAACGAAGACGUUACGCAAACGCUCAUUGAUCCAUCGAAUACACACACAAAGGCAGAACUUUUUCUUCAAGGAGCCUCAAAAGCGGCCAUCAACUUGUUGCGAAGAUGGUCUGAUUUAAGAUCAAAACUUUUUGCCUGUCUAAACCGUCCUCUGCCAACUGAGUUGCGAAAAGCAGUGUGGAAAAUGUUUCUAGCGAAUUUGAUCGUUCGCAAAGACUAUUUGGAAAAGGUUUCAAGGAGCAAACGAGACACGAUUUCACCACACGAUGCGGCCAUAACCCAGAAGUGUGAAGCAUUUUUGUCCUCAGAAACAAGUUUUCAUGAGCUCGCUACUCACCCAGCCCUUCUCAGUAUCAUGAAAACUUCCUUAUCAUACCGGCACGUAAAUAUAAAGGGCACAUCAACAAUAGUUGAUACAGACUACUUGUUAGCCUUGCCUUUUCUGAAAGUAAUGGCAGCAGACCGUGCUGCGAAGGAGGUUGAUACUGAGGAAAUUGCAGACUUUAUUGAAGUGUACUUUACCUUUAUGGAGUCCAGACCUCCACUGAUGAGGGAUUCUCGAUCGAAGGAAUUCCAGUCAGCUCAAAAACAAUAUGGAAUAAAAAUGGCUGAUAUCCUGGAGACAAAAGAUAAACAACUUGCAUCUACAAUACAAAGAAUACUUUCACAAGGUCGACCAGUUCAGUUGGCAGAAAGUCUGGCAGCUCUCAUGAGGUCUUAUGCAAGAUGCAUGUUUGUUGGUUUUCUCUCUCUUGAUGUGGUGUGCUAUAUUUGGGAUCAAUACAUUUUGAGCAUGAAGCUUUCAUCCUUCCACUGUAUUGCUACAUUCUCUUCUGCUAUGUUGAUGUUGCUGAGAGAGGACAUACUAACGUGCCACAAUCCGAAGGAGGUUGAGGAAGUUUUACUUGCAAAGAGCAAGGCACUAACCAUAAGAGAAUUUCAAACAGUGAUUGACCGCCAUUUCAUGGAUGACUGGCAGAAGCAAGUGACCGAAGAGGUUCAUGGGUCUGAAUUACCUCUCGUGGAUCCAGUCGCAACGGUUGGCAGGUCCGCGCAGCCGUGGUCAUGGUGGUUCCGAGGACAGCCUCCCAGCAGACAGCGAGUCGAAGACCGGAGACUGACUCGCGAAGAAAGAGAGGGAGAACGACGAAGACUUCUCAUGGAACAAAGACGAGAAGAAGCGAGAAGGAAACGAGAAGAGGAGGAGCAGCGGCGACUCCGCGAACAAGAGAUGAGACGAGAGUUUCAAACGGAGAAACAACGAGAGAGGGAAGAGAUUGUAGCGCUCGAGAAACAGCUGGACCGCGAACGACGCGAGCGAGCGUCGGCUGAAAAACAGAAGGAUGAAGAGAUAGCUCGUUUGCAGGCUGAACUCGCUAGACUGCACGGCACGCCAGCGCCCAGUCCAAGUGUACGUUCCUCUGGUGCACCCUCUUCUGGUGUACCCUCCGUGGUGCCGACUCCAGCUCAACCUAGUCCUCAUCCUCCGGGAAGUUCGCGCCAACAGGCUGAGGACCUGGUACGGUCUUUGUUGGGAGCAACACUACAGAGCAUUGAUACGGUGGCUCACGGCCCAGAGGAACAGCGAAGAAACCUUGACGCAAAGACUAGAGACUCUUUAGAUACAAACUCUCAAGAGUACAAAGACGCCGAGAUUGAACUAUUUGGUCGGGAACUUGAAGCCGACGACUGGGACGGAAUGGAGGAAGGGGAACGAACCGAGAAUACGAAGAAACUCAUGACGAGAUUGAAAGAAAAGAGAGAUGAAAGGCUAAACGAGACUGGAACAUAGGUGUAAAAAUAAACGAUAGACAGUUUGCUGUUGUGAUUACGGUCUAACAUCUAACAUGCACGCAAUCAGUUUUGCAGUUUACUCGUACUCCGCGCGCGUCCUCGCGCUUCGCGUGCGUGUAUCGCGAUCGCACUAUAUCCCGCUAAGCCGCUUGUUCUACAGGUUAGCAGCUCGUGAAAGAGUCAAACAAUUUCGCCUUCUUAACGCCUUCAUUGAUGAAAUUGAUUGCUAUAUAUAUGUGCGUAAAUGAACCAAAAAGAUAUGAAGCACGUGCCAUUUUCCAUUAGAGUGUAUAGUCUCUUUUCCAGUUUUCUUGGGAGGUCUACAUAUUCCCAAGAGCAUUUCACAACAAUAGUUUAUGCAAAAUUUGGGGGGCAAACAUGGUGCAUUAUGGGCAAUUGGAAAAUAGAGAAUGGUGUUUUCUGGUUCCUGUCCGGCUUCUGUGGUAGGUGGUGACCGCGCGGCCGAAUAAGGAGACUGGUACCUAUUUAUUUCAGUCCGGCCAACUCUUUCCAGUCUUACUCUGCGUUGGAGAGGUUAAACAAAUAAAACGAAUGUGGUUCGGAUCUAGCUAUGCAUUACUUUUUUUCUUAUUUCACUUCCAUCGUAUAAUCAGUUUUUCUGAUCAUUAGCCAGAGUGUGAAACGUGACUCUCGUGAUAAAAGGUGGUGUUGUGUGACAUUUCUGUUCGUUAUUCUGGAUUUUCUACAAAGAAAUGUAUGGAACAGAAACAUCGUUCUAAAGAGCGGCUCAUUCUGUUUGCAAAAUUGAAAUAAAAUAGCUUAAGUAGACUUACCCUGUGUUUUCCAGUGUAGUUUAGAGUAGAUGUGCGUUUGUUUUGUGUGAUAACCGCUAUUUCAAUUAGUUUCGUCAAUCAAAGUUCGCGAAGCGCCUGACUUAUCAAGCACUCUAUCCCGAGUCCGACCCAGUCCAAACUCGUCCAAAGGCGAUGGGCCAUUCAGAAGCAGUUACUGGCUUGGUGCGCACAGCAUCCUGGGAACUGGCUGAGUAACUAAAACAGCAUCGUGAGGCUGCCUCAUGCUUGUAACAAACAAGUGUAUGCGAAAAUCUUAAAACCUUGAAUUUCAUUGAAGUUCGGGAUAACUGCCCGAGUCGACUAAGCAAGCCUGCAGAGCUAUCCAGUCAGUUACAUUUUACAAACGACACUGGGGCUUUAUUAAUUUGAGUCAGCAGCUCAUUUCUAAUCGGACGCGUUUCCUUGCACCCAAGUUCCGCUACCCUGUCAGCCAGACUAAACGGUAUUUCUGAAAAGAACACGAAAAAAACUCAACCAACCGUUCUGAAACAGUGAAUCCUUAUUGAACAAUGAUAAUUAUCGAUCAUUUCAACAGUUGCAAUGGUGUUUACAAGCGUAGUUAUCCACUUGAAAUAUUUCGUGCGUUCUAACGUUUAAAACCUGACGUUUUGACUCUAAAGUCGAAAAUACGCGGCAAAGAAAUGCACAUAGAGAGCAUUUCAUUUCCUUUUGUCGUCGAUGACUCAAAAGGGUCUGUUCGUAAGCUCGGUAUUAUUAUUAACAACAAAAUCAUUCAGAUAUAUAUAGUUGGGCUUUUAUUUCAAACUGUAUUUAAAGUAAUACUAAAGGCCAAAUGAGAACAAAAUCAAAAGGCGUAGUUUGAAAAAGGAGCUUAAAUAAAUAGAGGAAAUGUAGAGUUAAAAAAGCUAAAUACCUUUCCAACU